AUGUAUGAAAUAAAGACUGACGAUGUGUAUGAGGACUUCAGGAGGAUCGGCGAGGAGAAGGACUGCUGGGACAACUCAGAUUAUCCAAAAGAUUCGCCGUACUACUCAGCUCACAAUAAGAAAGUAAUCGGUAAGUUUAAGGAUGAAGCUGAGGGAGUACCAGUGAUUGAAUUCGUAGGGCUAAGGUCAAAGAUGUACUCAUAUGUAAAGGAAAGUGGUGGAGGUGGAAUGACAGCAAAAGGAGUGAAAAA